UUCAACAAAUUGACUUUGGCAGUGCGAAAAUCGUCCUUCAUCAGUCCAACUCGACGAACAAAUUGAAGGAGAGGGAGAGAGGAGGAGCUUGCGGUGGUGGAGACAUGGCGUGGUUAUUGCUGGAGGCUGCUCUUCCGCUCGGGAUCAUCGCCGGGAUGCUCUGCGUCAUGGGCAACGCUCAGUACUACAUCCACAAAGCCGCUCAUGGCCGCCCGAAGCACAUCGGCAACGACGAGUGGGACGUGGCCAUGGAGAGGCGGGACAAGAAGCUCGUGGAGAACCUGUCCUCCGCUCCUUCCAGUUGAUUCCGUAGGUUCCGCCCCGAUCUCAUGUCUCUCGGAACGUCGAUCAAGUCAGUGAAGUAAUAAAAUGCUGAUGCAUGUUCCAUCCAUGGCAAGGAGUGUGGAAGCAAUAUCUAGUGAGGUCAUUUGUUUUUCAUUUUUGCAUGUGCAUCUUGAUGACCUUACAGACCAUGUGGGGGACAUUUGAAGAUAUUUGACCUUAAAUGUACUUUUUGUGACUGUUAAUGAAUUUAUUUGUGGAGGUUUGAUGA